UAUUCUUUGCUUGCCUCGUGUUUGUCUUUCUGUAAAACAUCAAAAAUGUAGGCACAUGCCUGAAAGACUUCACGAGAUUCAUCAGAAGACUCACAGCACGAGGAAGUUCUGUGAUCCUUUUUUCAGCAAUGCAGGUGGAAAUCAGUGCAGCUCAGGUUUCUACAGAGAGACUGUUGGGCCACACCGAGGACAGUGUGUGCCGUGUGACUGCAAUGGCCUCUCUGAUCAGUGUGAUGAGCAAACAGGGGACUGUGUGAACUGUCAGUCCAACACCUCUGGGGGACGCUGUGAACGCUGUAAAGAUGGUUUCUAUGGGAAUGCAGCAAACAGGACCUGCAGGGAAUGUCCAUGCCCUUUUCCAUGGAAAAGUUUUGCGUUGGCCUGUCUGGACAUCGGCUCAGGUGUGGUUGAGUGUUUGUGUAAACGUGGCUACAGUGGAGCCAGGUGUGAGAGAUGCUCGUUUGGUUACUAUGGCAACCCAGAGGUGCCUGGAAGCAGCUGCAGGCCCUGCAACUGCACAGACGGCGGCUUGAAUGUUUGUGAUUCACUGACAGGAGAGUGCACCACAUCUGGUGACAGCAGCUGUGGAGAUCACUGCCACGAAUGUGACAGCUGCCCUGAGCACUUACUUCUCGACUUGGAAAACAUGGACGAUGACCUGGCUCAGCUGAAACAGCAGCUGCAGAACAUCUCAAACAGUCCGAAUUCAUUCUCCAGACUGAAACACCUGCAGGACAACAUGACUGAAACUAAGACUCUGGUUCCGAGGUUCACCUCUGCUUUAAGACACCUGGACUCUAAGGCUGGACGGCUGGAGGAAGAUGAAGGUGUUGAUGGAGAAGACCUCAGUCACCUGAGUGAAGAGACUCUAAAAACUGUAUCAGACGUGGAGAAAGUAUUGCAGAACGUGAAUGGGACAAAGUUAAUGGUGGAGGCAUUUUUCUCGGAAACUGCAGUUCUCCUCACAGCAAUAACAGAUUUGAUAAAUCAGCAGCAGACCGAGGUGAAAUCCAGAGACUUGCCAGAAGACAGAGUUGCCAUGAUGGAGGGGGCUGAGCGGAUGGUGCAGCGCCUGAAGGGGCGAAGCUGCGGAGCUCACAGAGAUGGAACUGACGGAGAGCAGCUGCAGGCACACACGUUGUUGGACCUGAUCAGGAGCAACAUGUCACAUCCUGUCGCUGUGUUAAAUCAGGCUGCAGACGCUCUGAAGGCCUCAGAUUCUUCCCUUAGAGAGAUCACUGAGCUGCUGUCAGAUGCAGAGGGCCGAAUGAACAGGACAAAAGGACUAAAUGUGAAGGGUUAUACUCUCCUACAACAUCUGGAGCAUUUUCACGCUCAUGUGCAGGAAGAUGAAAGCGCACUCCGUCCUGUGGUUGACACAACUCAAGAUCUGCUAAUGAAUGUCACAGACAUCUUUUUAAUGCUUGAGGAAAUAAAGAAAGAUUUUGAAAAUCAUUCAGCUCAGAUGGACGGUGCCAAACUGGAACUCUUUAGGAAGUUAAAUAAAAUCCACAUUUUGGGGAAGGUGGAUGUGAUGACAAAGGCUGAGAAGCACGCAAUGGAGCUCAGCCAAGAGGCAGCAGAGAUUCAACAAAUGCUUCGUGAUGCAACCAACAGCACUGACCUGCUCAGAGUCAUGCAAACAGGAGCUUAUAACAGCAUCAUCAAUGCCGUAGAAAAGGCAGAAAUGGAAGCACAUCAAACCCAAUCAUCCACUGAUCGAGCCGUACAGGACAUGAUGGAGGGAGGUCUAAACAACAGGGCUGCAGCUCUCAGAGAUAAUUCCUCUCAUCAAUUGAAAGAAGCAAUGAAGACUCAGAUUGAGCGCAACAUGCUCUGGAAUACAGAAACGAGCCAGCAGGAUGUGAACCAGAAAAAGGAAAAAGGAAAAUCACUAAGAACAAGCAUCCUGACCGUCGACAACAACCUGAGGAACAUCAGAAGAGAUGACACAGCUGUUCUGAUAGAGUCUGCAAAAUCUGCUGCGUCUGCAUCAAGCUCCACAGUCAGUAACAUGACGGAGAGACUGAAGAGAGUCAGCCAGGAGGUGGACAGAAUCACUUUAACCAACAUCAGUGUGAAUAUAGAUAAAAUGUUGACUGAUGCCAACCUGACAGUGAAGAACUUGAUCACAGCCCUCCCUGUGUUGAAAGAUAAAACCACAGAAGUUGAGGCUUUCAGUGGGAAAGCGCCCCCUAUUGGCAACAUAACAGAAAAUAUCAGGAGAAUCAAGGAACUCAUAGAGGAGACCAGAAACUUCGUAAACAGGCUCCCAGUUGCGACCACCUUCAACGGAAAGAGCCACGUUGAGCUUCAUGCUCCAAAAAACCUUGAAGACAUAAGAGCGUUUACAGCAGUCGAUCUGCUUCUCAAUCUCCACCCAAACCAUCCCUCCAACGCCGACAAAAGACGUAGACGACGUCAGGAUAAACACAGAGAUCACAGCUUCUUUGUUUUCUACCUGGGCAGUCAGAAUGGUUCUGGAGACUACAUUGGGAUGGCAAUCCAAAACAAAGUGUUGGUUUGUGUCUAUCAGUUGGGUGGAGUUGUGCAUGAGGUGGAAACCAAUCAAAUAACAGAAACCACCAACGAGAAGUUAGAGUUUGACCGGGUCCUCUUCCACAGAGUUUACCAAGAUGCUGAAGUAAACAUCACGCAGAAGAUCAUGUCACAGAAACCUUUGAUCGUCUCUCCUAAACGCCACCGGCCAAACACGACGACCAGAGUCCUACAACUAGAUCCUAACGGGGUGGUUUUCUACGUAGGUGGAUAUCCUCAGAACUUCAAGCCUCCAGUGGAGCUGCACUACCCCAAGUUCAGAGGAGCGAUUAAACUCUCCUACAUCAAUGGCUUUGCUGUUUCUCUGUUCAACUACAAGCAUGCAGUUAAUCUGGAAGCAAAGCAAACUGCUGUGAAGAUUCCCCAGACGGAGGUAUCUGAUUAUUAUGAGGGAACAGGUUACCGCCUGGCGUUCAUAAAGGAGCCGGACAAGAUAAAGAAACGACUGUUCAGAUUUCACACAAACAGCAGAGAGACAAACGCCCUAAUAUUCUAUAUCGGGAAUCAAGACUCAUUUUUCUGUCUCUCUGUGGAGAGAGGUUUCCUGGUACUUCAAGGGCAGCAAGCAGGUCGAGAGAUCCGAGUUCAGAGUGAUCAAAAAGUGUCUCUUUUCGAUUUAUCAUUGGCCAUCACUAUUGGAACUAAGUUUAUUGUGCACUUUGGACUGAAGAAGAUCUCGACAGAUCAUACUCAAACAAACUACAGGAGUUAUUACAUUGGGGGUUUAUCAGAUCAGCUCAGGCAGAGAAACAACAUCACAGCCCCCCCGCUGAGAGGAUGUGUGGAUCAACUGUCAGCAGAUGCUCAGAUCAUCGAGUACGACCAGACGAUUGGUGUCAGUAAUGGAUGUCCAGCCGCAUUACUGGGAGUCCAUGCAGCUACGUUAUAUUCAGCACUGUCUGCUGACUCUCUGUUUGAUUGGGACAAACUGCCGCUUACAGUCUCUGUGAGCUUCUGGACAACAGACACACACGGUUCUCUUCUCAGGAGCAGCUCUCAGGGCUCAACCUCUGUCCAUGACCUGCAGCUGUCCCUGGAUAAUGGUUAUAUAGUAUUUAGUAGUGAUAAUUACACCUUGAGGUCAGAUAAAAUGUAUAAUGAUGGAAAGUGGCACUACCUGUCUGCAGUGAGGAGGACCAAUGGACUGGAGCUCAUCAUGGAUAAUAUAAAAGUGAUUCAGAGACAAAUGACCCAUGACAGGGAAGAAGACCAAACUCUGAAAAUAGGAAAAUUCAAAAGCUGCAUUGCUAAUCUUUACACACAGAGGCCUGAGAAGAGUUUUAUUCCUGCUGAUCUGAGCUUACUCUCACUAUCUAAAGAUGUUGUCCUCGGCUGGUGCGAUCUUCACCUUCCACCACACAAUCAGAUCUUACCAGAUCACAUAUUUAAAAGGCUGCAGAACCACAAACCUACUCCAGUUCCAGCAGGCAGUCGGUGUAGAUCUCCAUCUGCACCGUGGGCAGAAUACCAGCUCCUCGAUGACCACAGCUGGCUUAGCUACACUCUGCCACAACAGGACCUUAACUAUAGGCCUCAUUUCUCUUUUAACAUAAAGACGAAGUCAUACAAAGGUCUGAUCCUUCAUGUUGCGGGGCGAGGAGUCGUCCCUCUGCUGGCUCUGUAUGUGGCAAACGGAAAAGUCAAGAUGUCCCUCGGACAUGACAGGAUCAUUCAGCACAACAAGAAGAGCAAUGAUGGGGACUGGCACAGAGUGGAUUUCAGUGUGGAGAGGAGAUCUUUCCACCUACUGGUCGACGGAGUCCGUGUCACCGAUGGACUUCUGCCAAACAACGAGGGAUCAUCAUUAGACCUGAUGAACCCUGUUUACCUGGGAGGUGACCCAACAGGCAGAGCCACAAAGGGUCACAGUAUUCCCACGAACAGUGUGAUCGGGUGUGUGCAGGAUUUUAAAAUGAACGAGGAAGCAGUCGGGGAGCCUGAGGGAAGACACAGAACUUUACCCUGCCCUGACAUGCUCACAGAAACGGGGACUUACUUUGGUGGAGGUCACAUUGUGAAAGAUCAUUUCUUCACUCUAAGCUCUCAGUUUGUUUUGAGCUUCGAGCUGCGACCUGAACACCUGACAGGUCUUCUCUUCCACGUUUCCAGUCACAAGUCCAGCUUUGAUGUGUUCCUGAUCGAAAACAAGGUUGGUGUCAGCCUGAAAGCUGGGAUGAACACUGUGAGUCUGUCAGUGACUCCCCCUCAAAGCCUCUGUGACGGGAACUUUCACCUGGUCACAGUGUCCAGACAGCAUGAAGUCGUUCAACUGGAGGUGGACUCCUGGUCAGAGCAGAAAAAAGUACCCUUUGCCUCCACCUGGAGCUCAACUAAACCGGAAAGUCUUUAUAUCGGAGGAACAACAACAAAACACAAACUCUUGGUGCCGUCUCCGUUUUUUGGAUGUUUGAGAAAUGUGAAGCUGAAUGGACUUUGUGUUUCUUUUGAGAACAGAUCCAGAUCUGUUCAUCCAGUCACCAUCAGAGGGUGCCCGGCAGAAUAAAGACAUGUAAACAAUGCAUAA